GGUUGCCUAUUAAUACAAUUGAACUCCUCCAGGAUAGCUGCCACAAAAAGCAAAGUUCUAUUACUCAACCAACUGAACUCAUUGAUACGAUUUCGAAGAUGAGCUUCGUCAAGACUGACUCGUCGAUCACCAUCAAGACCUCGACUGCUCAGGCAGAGAUCGCAUUCCAUGGGGCUCACGUCUACUCGUGGAAGGUCGAGGGGAAAGAGCAGUUGUUCUUGUCCUCUGCGUCCUCGAUCUCUGGACCGGCUGCCAUUAGAGGUGGAAUCCCGAUCUGCUUCCCAGUCUUUGGCCCACCACCUUCAAGAGAACCGUAUGCAAGUCUCAAGCAACACGGCUUUGCACGAAACACCAGCUGGAAAUUCGAUGGAGUUGAAGAAGGAAGCGAUUGGAUAGAGGCCCGCUUCAGCUUAGAUUCGAAUAACCCCGAGGUCCAGAAAGUGUUCAAGCCAGCCUUCGAAUGUCAGUACAGAGUCAAGAUUAGAGAGCGAAGUCUGGUGACCAGUCUGGAGGUGACGAACCCCUCGGAGACGACGUUCGAGCUGCAAGCGCUCCUGCACACCUAUCUCCGUCUGCCCGACCAAGGAUCGCCCCAGGAUGUCCGUCUGGGCCCACUGAAGGGCUUGUCGUUUGCUGACAAAGUGGCCCAGGGCGCGGUGGAUACCGAGGAUCGAGAGGCCGUCGACUUCCUGGCGGGCGAGGUCGAUCGGGUCUAUCAUGGCGUACCAUCUAAGAUCGAGGUGGAGCUAGGACACGGCAAGAAAAUGACGAUCAAGACCGAUGGACUACCGGACCUGACCGUCUGGAACCCUCACGAGGCAAGAGUAACGCGAUGGCCGACAUGGAAAACGAGGGCUGGAAACGGUUCGUGUGUAUCGAGCCUGGCCAAACCAGUUUCGUCUCCGUCAAGCCGAACGGUUCUUGGAAGGGCUCUCAAGAACUCGUCGCUCAUCUAUGAACGAAACCGCCCGCUUCGGACUAUCAAAGCUUGCCUCGAAGAAGGAAGUCCUUCACUCACUUCCAGAUCCUGUCUACUUGAUUCCUCCAACUUCGAACAUGAUGUCCCCUUCCUCCACUUGUAUCCCCUGAUCUUGACCGACUUUAUAUAUCUCAGUAAAAACAUCGCUGCCGCCGGCUUUCCAUAAGUCUCUCUGCUGUUGUUGUUUGACCUCGCAAUUCGCUUCCUAGAGUAGAGAUAAUGUCAUAAUAUUAUCCUUAUUCUCCUCUGAAUUGACUGACUUAUAUCACAGGCAUUCCGCGACUACCAUCGAUUUUGGCGAUCGUUGGGACUUGCGGAGUCACUUCUCAUCUCAUAAAAGAAAAUUGGUCUGAUUGAUUCGUUUUGAAACCAAAGGAAAAGAUGAAUAUCUUUUUAAAAGCAAAAUUUUCCCUUCAUUUUUAUGAUUUACUUAUACUAACAAUUCACAAACUACAAACAAACAAACAAACAAAAGAAAACUCUUGAUGUUUUUUUUGGAUUGAAAAUCAUGGUACAUUGGAUGACUUCCCGUCGCGGUUUACAACCCUCCCAGGAUCUGAUUUAUACCCCC